AUGUGUGGAGUGGCGAUCGAAGGCAGCGGCAGCAGAGGUAGCACGUCGGUCGGAGAGCGAAACACGACUGGCGCGCGGCGGGCGCCGCCACCGGCAGCGCCGGCGCAACACUGGGGUGCCGAGCGGCGUGUGCUGCUGCGACGCCACUCGGCCUCCCAGGCGCUGGGUAUCUCCAUUGUGGGCGGCAAGGUGGACCUGUGUGCCGUCACGCCCGGCAGUACCAUCCUAUCGGGCGUCUUUAUCAAGAACGUGUUGGCAGACAGCGUGGCCGGCCGUACGGCUCAGUUGCAGACGGGUGACCGUAUUCUGUACGUGGACGGCGCCGACCUGCGCGCCGCCAGCCAUGACCAGGCAGUGGAGGCCAUAAGAAGCUCGGGCGACACUGUUGAGUUUGUCGUCCAGAGUCUAGUGCAUCGGCUGCCGGAGAGCUCCGCCGACAUCCAGCCGCAGCCACCGCCCACCGAGGGGCCCCAGCCGGAGCCGGAGCCAGAGCGUCUGGGGUCGGAGCCGGAGCCGGAGUCAGAACGUCUGGGGCCCGAGCCGGAGCGGCCGGAGCAGGAGCCGGAGCGUCUGGGGUCAGAGCCGGAGCGUCCAGAGCCGGAGCCGGAGGUAGUCCAGGCUGGCCGCCGUAUCGCUCAGGCGUCGCUCGACUCUUCCGACUCGACUGAAGACGAAGAGGCGCGCACCGCCGGACGCUUCAUCACGCCGGCUGGAGUGGAGAUUGAUCGCGCCAGCGCCGGCUUCGUCAGGCUCAGCCGUGAGGAGCGUGUUGAAGACACCGAGGAGGAGGACCAGUUUAUGUAUACGACAAGCACGGUGGACAUUCACAGCAUCACGGCGUGCCACUACCUGCUCCACACGAGGCCAACCGAGUGCCGCCAGCGUGGGAGAAACGUGGUCACAGCGGCGAAGCCCGGACACCAGUCGAGCUGCAAAAUUCACAAUCUUCUGCAGGCGGUCUAG